UUCUGUCUGUGCAUGUUCGUUUGUAACAUUCAUCAGAACCUCCCAUGGGGAAAAGGCCGCCGUACUCCACCGAUAUAGAGGCGGCUCGUUAUGCCCCACCACCACCGCCUUCUUACCAUUUCCCACAAUCAACACAAUGGUUCUCAUGGUUGGUGCCACUCAUUUUUUUAGCCAAUAUUGCAUUGUUUGUGUAUAGCAUGUAUCUCAAUGAUUGUCCUGGAUAUUUGAACGAAAAUGAUUGUCUUUACUAUCAUUACUUGGGAAGAUUCUCUUUUCAACCUUUCACCGAAAACCCUCUCCUCGGCCCUUCUGUUCGCACGCUGAGGGUACUAGGAGCUCUUGAAAAGGAUCUUGUGGUUGGUGAAAAUGAAGGAUGGCGUUUCUUUACUUGCAUGUUUCUUCAUGCAGGAGUUGUACAUUUACUUGCCAAUAUGUUUAGUCUUUUAUUCAUCGGAGUUCGCCUUGAGAACGAAUUCGGAUUUCUGAAAAUUGGACUACUGUAUUUGUUUUCUGGCUUUGGUGGAAGUUUGUUAUCGAUUUUGCAUUUGGGAAAUGGGGUAGUACCAAAUACAAUAUCGGUUGGCGCUUCCGGUGCACUUUUCGGACUUCUGGGAGCCAUGCUUUCUGAGCUUCUAACCAAUUGGACUAUCUAUUUAAACAAGACCGAUUUGAAACCAUGUUUACUUCUGCAGUGCGCAGCUCUUACAAGUCUUCUGCUCAUUAUUGGCUUAAAUUUGGCUGUUGGAUUUCUACCUCAUGUGGAUAAUUCAGCUCAUAUAGGAGGAUUCCUUGCAGGAUUUUUCCUUGGUUUCGUUCUUUUAAUGCGCCCUCAAUACGGUUACGUGAACCGCAAAUAUAUACCUCCAGGAUAUAACGUAAAACGUAAAUCCAAAUAUAAAUGGUAUCAGUACAUCUUUCUGGUCUUGGCACUCAUUAUAUUACUUUUCGGGUAUGCAUAUGGUUUAACUUUAUUGUACAACGGAAAACCAGAAAAUAUGUUUCCCUGGUCACAGACUAAUCCAAUUUGAAUCAUUCUGAUUCCACAUCUUGUUCUUCAAGUUUUCAUGUACAUAGCAGUGCAUAUGUUAUAAAAGACUCUUGGAUUUCUUUUGUUCAAAACAUGCGCAUCAUCGCGGAUACUUGUCUGAAUUCUGGUUUGUAGACUAUCCAGAAGAAACAGAACCAAAUUUCUAUACAUGUAUCUAUUUGACAGAUUAUAUGAUGAAUAGAUGAAAUUCGUAGCCGUUUGCUCCAUGUGAAAUGUUAUGCUCUCUGUAAUAUAAUCAGUUAGUAACGGAAUCGACCCGACUAAUCAAUCUCAACUUAUAGUUUUUGUUUGAAUAACGCAUCAUGGUACAACAAUAUACACUAUUUGUGAAACAAUUACAUCAAGUUAAAGCUUGUUUGCUAUGCUUUACAGUACAUAUACAUAUA